AUGAGCAGCGAGUUAGGGCACAACUUCUUUACGGGGUCCUUUCCGUCACAGUUCAGUGACCUGGUCAACCUCGAGCACUUGGAGGUAGGCUACAUGGAUCUGGCAGGCGAGCUGCACUCGAGCCUGGGCAACUUGACGAAUCUUCGAAUGCUCUCUGUGCGGGAGAACGCCCUCCAAGGCAGCAUCCCUGCCACUCUGGGUCUCCUUGGUGGAUUCACCAUCAUUCAGCUGGGCGGCAAUCAGCUCACCGGCUCCAUACCUGCUUCCUUCUCCAACCUCGUCAAUCUGCAAGGCCUCUACCUGUGGCAGAAUCAGCUGAAUGGGUCCAUGGAUGUUCUCAUCAGCUGCACCGCUCUAGAGCAAAUAGCCAUUCAGUACAACCAGUUCACGGGAUCCAUUCCCACUGCCAUUGGGCUGCUCCAGUCACUCAACUACUUCAUGCGGCAUGGGGCAUGGGGCAUGGGGCAUGUCGCAUGUUGCACGUUUCAUGCGGUGCAACGGCAGCGGUGUUGCGAGCAACAAGUUGACGGGAUCCAUUCCAACGAUAAUAGGCAACCUCGUCAACCUCACCACCUUCAAUGUGUCGCACAACACUCUCACUGGCUACCUACCUGGCUCCAUGUUCGCCCUCACCAAACUCGAAUCACU